CAGGAGUGCCCUCCUUCUGCAGCAUUAUGUUAAACCGAGCCUGGCAGCUCUGUGGGAAGUGGUGCCGUUGGUCCAGCCCUUUCAUCCAUCUCCUCACCCUGACUGUGGUGACUUUUGCUGUGCUGGCACCUUUGAUCUGCCACCGGCUCCUCCACUCUUACUUCUACCUGCGGCGCUGGCACCUGAACCCCAUGAGCCAGGAGUUCCUGGAACAGAACCAGCAGGAGGGCCAGGAUGCCCUCCAUUAUUUUGAGAAGAUGCAGAUGCCAAAUGCCUCUCAGGCGUCUGGUAGUGAAGCCUUCCAGCCCUUGCUGCUGAUCACCAUUAUCACUGUGCAGAGGCGGAAUGAUUUCCACUACGUCUUGCAAGUGGCCUCCCACUUCCACCGCCUCCUCCAGAAAUGUGGGGCGCGUUGCCAGAGCCACCGCAUGCUCCUCUGUAAUGUGGAGUCAGACCCCAGCAUCCAUCAGGAUGUCAGGCUGCUGAGCAGCCUCUUUCCUAUGGUCAGUCGUGACAGAACUGGAGAGAAUCCUGACCCCAGCCUCAACCAGUUUGAGAAGGAGAAGCAGGACUAUGUCUUCUGCCUUGAGCAGUCACUGUUGGUGUACAACCCAGAGUACAUCCUCCUUGUGGAAGAUGAUGCCGUGCCAGAGGAGGAGAUAUUUUCUGUCUUGCAGCACCUCUUCUUGGCCCGGUUCUCCAAGCCCUACCUCAGAGACGCUCUCUACUUCAAGCUGUACCAUCCUGAGAGGCUCCAACACUACUUCAACCCUGAGCCCAUGAGGAUCCUGGAGUGGCUGGGCCUGGGCAUGUUCCUGGGGCCGGUGCUGACCUUUGCAUACUGCUGGGCCGCAAGGCGAGCGGGCCCCAGCUGGUGCCUGGUGGUGUUCUUCGCCCUGUACAGCAUGGCCCUGUCAGAGCUGGUGGGGCGGCACUAUGGGCUGGAGCUGCGCCGUCUGCACCCCGCACUCUACAACGUGGUGCCAGCCAGUGAGUGCUGCACACCCGCCAUGCUCUUCCCUGCUGCCUCUGCCCGCCGGGCCUCAGAAUACCUGCAGGGGCUGCACUGCCGCCAGGGCUUCGCCAAGGACACUGCCCUCUACUCGCUGCUGCGGGGCAAGGGCGAGAACGCCUUUGUGGUGGAGCCCAACCUGGUGCGGCACGUGGGGAUGUACUCCAGCCUCCGACUGAACAGCAACCCAAAACUGCUGUGAGCUGCUCCUGCCUUGCCACACAAAAAACACCCAGGUCACUUGCCAUGGGCAGAGGAAUAGUGUGCAGACUUGCAUUCUGUGCUGCUUGCAAUGGGCAUCCUGUGUCUCCACGUGGACAAAGAAUAACUCUCUCUAAAACUACAAGUUUUCUUAAAAAAUCAGCCUAUGUACAUUCAGACCCUAUUUAGUAUAAAUUUUGAACUAAUCACCAUGCAUCACCUGGGAGAGGAGUGGAGGAUUCCAGCGCACUCUCUCUUAGCCAUUCCCAAAGAAAAGCCUACACACCAACAUGCACAGCUUUCCUGCCUACUCUCCUGAACAGUGGUUACAAAAAUCCUUGCCUUAGGACAGCAAAAAUUUUGGACAAAGUGAAUGUUUCGAAUUCAAGCUAAUGAGGAGGGAAAGGGCUUAUUUCCCCAUCCUUACUAAGGUCUGAUCUUUGACCUGUCUUUGCUCCAAAGUUGUGGUUUUGAGCAGACCUUCAAAAGCAGAAGUGGUUUGCAGGAACUUUCCCACAAAUUCUGCCUAGAUUCUUCAAAUUGAUGAAGUCUCUUUAGUUGCUGUCUCCCUAUCUACACCUCCACCAUUCCCACUUCUUUUGCUUCCAUCUGAGGCUUUAAAAUGCAAAACCUCUGCUGCCUAUUGAAGGUCAUCUCUGGGAGUUGGGAUAGGAAAACAGAAUCACAGCCACUGGUGUCACACCGAUGGGUCAGAAAUGCACAUUUUCAUUGAUACAUGACACACAUUGUACACAAUGAUUGCUGUGUUGGUGAGGAUCAUCACUCAUUGUACUGGCUCCAUUAAGAAAGGUUUUAUCAACCACUGAGUGAAUUUAUCCAUUUAUCCAUCAACAUGAAUUUACCUUGACUUUCCCUCAGUACAGAGACAAAUGAAGACUAGAUCUGUGCUAAAUAGGUGCUGUUGUUGUGCAAGAUCCUUGUUCAUUCUGGAGCUGUAAUUCACAGCUCAGCUGGAGUGGUUCAUUCACUUCUCCUGGCAGAAAGCAAAAUACCUGUGGGAAACAAAGACAGCUGUUCAUAAGAACAAGCAACAAUAGCACAGCACAUCAAAGGGUCACUCUGACAGUGAUUGUGUGUCCUUGUCGUUAGGUAUCUGGGAUAGGUACUUUGUACGAGGGCAGUGGGCACAGUUAAAUAUAAAUCUCUUGCAGAUGACAAGAGAUCUCAUACUGAAUGAAAACAGGCAAAAAUUUGGUAUAUCUGAUGAAAGGCCCAGUGGCUUUAAUGAGCUUUGAAUCAAAUUCACUUUGAAGUGGCAUUUGGUUGAAUUAUUUUUAAAACUACAUUCCUUCCUCUGGAAUGAACCAAGUAAAUAUUUUUUGUUGAGUUUAAUCAGUGGGAGUUGUUUGGGUUUUUCUUUUUGGUAAUAGAAGGGCUUUGCUUUGAAUUUUCUUCUCCCAGCUCUCUUCCAGGUGAUUUAUGCCUUAUUAUCUUAACAAGUCUGGUUAUAGGUGAGAAAUACCUAAAACUCCUGAGAGAUGAAACCAAAGAAAAUGGCAACCCUCAGCACAGUGGGUAUCAGUUACCCAGAACAAAGGCACAGUGCAGUUAGCUGAGAAACAGCAUCACAGCAGUGCUUUGCUCUCCAGUGUUACAGUACAUGUCGCAACAAGACCCCAGAGAGCGACCUGCAUCUCUGAGCUCAGAGCACACUGUAGAAAAUGCUGAUGAUUUAAGACAAAGGGAUGGGUUCUCGUUUGGCAAUCUGACAAUGGGUUUAUUGAAGAGCACAGCCUUGAAUAGGUUCAGGGAUGAGAACCAAGGAAUGGGCUAAGGGCACAGGGUUAAAUGAGGGGCAAAAGGGGCAGAUCUGAGGGUCAAGGUCCAACAAGGACAAGGGAAAGUGGUGCAGGGAAGUGGCUAAAGACCAGGAGAACCAAGGGGAUAACGGGUGGAACAAUGCAGCAGAACAGAGCCAGUGGGGAUUAAGGGAAGGAAGAGCAU